UUACAGACCUGAUUUUGAUUAUAAUGAUGCUAUGGUAUAAAUUAUUGCCUUCACAUUUCAGAAAGGGAACAACCUUUAUGCAGAAGAAUGCGUCUUGAAAUACGGAAAAGUUGUUGGAAUAUACAAAUUUCGUUACCCGAUUCUCUUUGUGACGGACAUGGAUAUCGUGAAAAAAGUCUUGGUGACCGACUUUAGCAAGUUCCCACAUCACUGGGACAUUCCAGCUGUUGGUUUUCCGUUGGACAAUACGUUAUUGUAUAUGAAAGGACAACGAUGGAGAGAAGUUCGCGCCAUCGUCACGCCUUCUUUUACCACAAGUAAACUGAAGCAGAUGGUGGAAAUAUUUAAUGACUGCUGUGGCCCUCUCCUGGUUAACAUGGAAAAGGCUUAUGUCAGAAACCAAGCCCUUGACACGAAGAAGGUGUAUCUAGGAUUCUUCGUGCAGACCAUCAUUGCCAUCAUAUAUGGUCUGGAUAUCCAGUGUCAGGCCGAUCUUGAUCAUCCAUUUGUGACCAAGGUGGAGAAAGCAUUCCAGCCCAGGCUUUUCACGCUUAUUCCAAUUAUGUUCCCGUCACUGGCCCCACUCUUCGAACUGAUGGGAUCUAACAUCUUCCCAAAAGACGCCAUUGACUUCUUCAAGAAAACCAUAGAGGAUUCCUUCUCAGGAGACAACCAAAUACGACAACGUCAGGGCAAAGGUCCAAAUAGGUAUGAAACCAUGUCAGAAAUGUACUUAAAGAACACAGAGCUUCCUGGUCACGUUUCAACUGCAGAGGAGUCAGAGCAGAAUGCCGGUAAACCCAAGAAGCUCUCUUACAAAGAGUUUCUUAGCGCGAGUGAUACAGAGAACAAAGUUAUGGGCACUUCCCUCUCUCCUAUACAGAACGUGACUCUACUGACAGGUGGCAAUGAAGCCACCUCAACGUUCCUGAUAUGCACCACCUAUCAGCUGGCCCUCAGUCCUGAAGUGCAGGACAAGAUGAUUGAAGAAAUCGACAGGAUUGCACCAACUCCUGAAGACAUCAACUACGAAACAAUGAGCAAAAUGACCUACUUGGAAAUGGUCAUACAGGAGUCUUUCCGCAUGUACCCGCCAACCAUACUAGCUGACCGUGUCUGCUUGGAAACUGUGAAGUACGGCAACUACACUCUGAAGAAGGACCUCCUCGUCAACAUACCGUUUUGUCCUAUUCAACGUGACCCCGAGAUCUGGCAGGAUCCAGAUAAAUUUGACCCUGAGCGGUUCAGCCCUGAGAACAAGGAAUCCAUCAAUCCUCUUGGAUGGAUCGUCUUUGGUGCGGGUCCGCGCAUCUGCAUCGCUGUGAAAUUCACAACGAUUCUCGCCAAAGUCUUCCUGACCCGAGUGUUUCAGAAAUACCGCUUUGAGACCUGCACUGAAACACCGAUCCCACUGAAGUUCAGGAAGAUUACGAUGCUUGAACCAGAUCGAGUCUAUGUGCGUGUGGUACCGAGGAAAGACUGCUAAAAUCUCGCAAGUUUCAACAAAAAUAUUCUACAGGGAAAACAGAAAACAACUGAGCGUCUGAUUUUAUCAACAACUGUCCAAAAAUCACUUUUCAUUUUGUUUAGGUACAGCAUCUGAAGUACCGUGGUAUGGUAAAAUCUGCUACUAGAAUAGACACCACUACUGCAAAUACAAAAGAAAGAAAGAAUAAAAAUGAAACAUGACCAUACUGUUCAGUUGAUUCAACAGUAUGGAUUUAGUAGUAUUUCCAUACCAAUUUGAUUGUGAUAUUGGUGAACAAAAAAUUGUAGCAAGUUCCAUAUAAUUACAUAAAUAUUAGAGUAUAUAAAAAGUAUAUUUUAUAAUAGCGAUAUCAGAAUAAAGAGAAUAACUGGCUGUAAUAUUUUAGCUGACAAUAGGCCAAUAUACAGUCUUAAGUAAUUUUAUAUUUGAAGUGUAACAGUCGAAUGUCCAUCCAAACCAAAGUGGUAAGUUUCGUGUGCUUAUUUGUGUCCCUACAAAGCUGUGGUGACUUUCCUGGACACCCUGUUGGAAAUUGCUUUUCUAUACCCAGGAAUACAAUUUGAUAAUCGUGGAAAGAAGUUGAGGAAAUCCUUCAACUUAAUGAUAUAUGUGGUCAAACGGCCAGUUUAUACUUCAAGUGAACAAGCAAGUGAAGUGAAUGGGACAUGACAAAAAGACAGCAGUGAUUUAACUUCAGUUGAAAUGUGUUCAACCUUUGCGAAUUUGCAGCAUGAAGCUGUUUGCAUUCAUGUACCCUUUUGUUCCGAGUAUGAAUCAAACUUAGGUUUAUGUAUCCACUUUGCAAGCAUUAAACAAAAUUCCUUAACACAUAUUUCACCGGUAACAAAUGUGACAGACUCUGCCAAAGCCAGACGUUUCUGGAAAGCUAGAGGUUGGUAUGGAAGUAGGACGUACAUGUAAGAAAAUAUUUUCCUGUCAUAUCAAGAACUUUAAAUUAGUAUGUAACUCUACAAAAGGCGGACUAAAUUGCAAUAAAAGGCUAAAUGUUAACAAUGUCAGAUGUUUGUUUUGGUCAACUCCCCAGAAAUAUAAGGUUCAGGCAGAACACAUCACAAAUUGUGACAGGAGAAAGUGGACAUUUUGGUGUAAGGGUAAACAGUGCAUUCCAGUUGGUCAUACUGCAGUUGGGAUACUUAGUUUUACUCAUUGUGUAAGUAUCGUACCAUGUCUGAUUAAGUGCUAAAAAUAGCUAAUUAAGUUCGACAAUUUCCAGUGUAAAUGUAGGGGAAUUGUUCAUCAGCAGUGAUAAACUAGAGAGACCAAUGUGCAUUUUUACAAUGCAAGUUUUAUUCAUAUAACUGUUACACAAUAUAAAUUUUUAUUUCAUUUUUUAGUAGAUAAAAUUUCAUUUUACCCUUUAAUAAAAAACAUAAGGCAUUCAACUACCACAGCAAUAUAAUAAUUGUGAAACGGCUGGAAUAGCGGUGCAGUAAAAACAUGAAGGAAUGAAACAUUUCACACUACAUACCUAUCAGCAAAUCAGCAAGAUGUUAGUUUUUGAUGGCAUAGAAAUUAUCAUCAAAUAAGUUCCCAUCUCUUCAGUCAUUGAAGUGCAACCUCUACAAUAACAAAUUCUGCGUAAUAAACCAUAUUUCAAAUAUUUCUGAAUCCUUUCUUGUGCAUUUAUGUGCAAACAGUAGUACAGUGUUUCUUUAAGGAAUUAAUACACAUUUUGUCCAAAAAGUACUAUAACAAAGUCAAAACAUUAACUUUUAAAAAGCAAUACAAAUUUGUCACCAUGCAAGAAUUUCAGGUAACUAAUGUUUAAAAGAUGGAAAUAUAAUCAGUACUGUUCAAUAGCAUUUAUUUCAUUCAUGGGAUUUGAAGAUAAAUGAAAUUGGUGAUAAAAAAACAAUUACAUUCAAAUAUCUAUAGAAACUGGCAUUUGUCAUUUCUUAAAGCCCAAAAUAGUCCAGCAUGACUUAAAGGUAGGAAUACAUCAUACAAAUUUUAACAUAAUUUUUUAUCCCGUGUUUAUAACAAAUUUUGUGGAACAUUGCUUCGAUCCUGUCCCCCCCCAUAAGAAUUUCCUAUAUUGUAUCACUAGUGCACUCUUUUCACAAUCGCGUGGUGGUCAAGUGCAUUACAAGUCCAUCACAAGUGCUUCCCAUCAGCCAGUCUUAAGUCAAGUCUGGAACUAGGAACAGUGACAAAGGCACACUACAGCCACUGUUUGUACCAUUACUUAUGACUUGAUGUGCGACUGGACUUGACACCAACAUGUGACUGAAGUCUUGAUUGGCCCCACAUCAAAGGAUGGUUAACCGCCUUGCAUUGUUUGCUCUUUCUCGUAUCUGUUAAUCAUGAUCACGAAAGGUGGCACGGAAAAAUCCGUCUUCUUUGCAGAACACGGCACAGGCCAUACAAGGGGGUCAUGUCUUGCUCUGCUGCAGCAGCGAUGUACAUGCAUCACACUGUACAUUUUGACAUUCAGCACACCAAACUAGGUGGCAAUGUGUGAAGCUUACCCGAAUUACAAAGAGCUUGCCCAGUGUCGACAAUUAUCGUUCACCUUGGGUGCCAUUUGCCCCCUUGUGUGUAAAAAAACACCAUGGAUCCCUACACACAACUGUACAAUGUUCUCUGUCUCACACUGAAAAUGACAAUAGUUAUAUCCUUUGGCUAUAUCACACUUUAAGGCAAUGGUAAAUGCGUUUUAAAAUGAACUACAUGUAUUUACUGUCUGUAGCAUGCUUUAAAGGAAAGUAAAAAUAUUGAGCUGCGUGCUAUAUGUACAGUGUAUUUCUUCAUAAAGCUAACAAAACUGCAGGAAUUCUACAUGUACUUUUCUAGAGGACGAGAUAACAAUAUGCUUGGUCUCAAGUUGGUCAUGGCAGUUUUUCUAACACUGCCACUCAAAAUCCUCAUCACA